AUGGCUCGACCCACUAACCAGCAGCUGUCGGACCAGCUAAAGGAAGCGAACGCGCGUCUGGAUGCUGCAGCACGGUUGGAGGCACAGAACAAGGCUGCGCUUGAAGAGGCACAGCGUCAGAUCGCGGAACACAACGCUGCUCUUGCCGCCGCUCAAGCGCAAGUCGACGCUGCCGAGACUGCCGCCACAGACGCCGCUGCCGCCGCACAGGCCGCUAUCGCCGCCAAUGGGCAAGGACAAGCAGCCAAUGGGCCUGCGCCUGCGCCCCAGCUUAUCCCGAAGCCCCACCUUGCACCGCGGGAGACGAUGAACAUCCAGGGUGCCAUGGGCAUCAAUAAAUCACUGUACGGAGAAAUACGGUACCGUAUCCACUGUCUCGUGCAUGCCGCCAAUCUUGAAUGGCAGCAGGAUUUCCGCAACCAAGACGCCGAGAAGCUGGCAUGCAUGUUCAAAGCAGUGCGGCGCUAUCGCAUCACUGGCACAGGCAGCGUGGACGCGGGAUCAACACGCGUUAUGAGCGCGCGCGAGCACGUUGUCGGGUCCCUGGGCCGGAACGUCGCGCGCAUCUCCCUUUCUCUAGUACCUAUCAAAAACACCAUAGUCCGGAAAAGCGCAACUUUGCGAGCCUACAGUGUCGAGCUCGCAUGCACCGACGGAGGACGCACAGGACACUCCCUCUCGCUCGUGUCAAAAGGCAUCCGCACAGCGGCGCGCACGACUCGCUUCCACUCCAUCGCGCUCAUCGCGAGCCCUCGCCGCCUCCAGUUGUUCAUCGACCUCUAUCAGCGUGAAUGCGACCCCACGCGUGAGGGCAAACCCCGUAUCCAACACCUGCAUAUCGCGUUCCCUGUUGGCGAGCCCGGACGCAUCGCGUAUGUCCUGAACGGCCCCGACCUGUUUUGGCCCCUUGCGCACUCGCGCUCGCUCGAGCCAACCCCGAGUCCCCUGGCCCGAAGCAACCUGCACGCGCUCGCUGAAACCCACAAUGUGCUAGUGUUCGAGAGUGGUGUGCGCCGCGACGGCACUGCAGGCACCUAUAGCACGAGGGCGUCGCAGCUCACGCCGAAGCGCAAUGCGGUGCGGCCCAGCAUGUCGAUGAAGUCGCUGCUAGUAGCCGUCCGUCGCUACCGUACCGUGGCCAUGGAACUCGUGACCGGCCGUCGUCGCACCAGUCGCUCCGACCACCGAACCACCUCCCCAAACCACCUACGCAGUCCAGUUGCUGAUCACCUAGGCCCGACCUCCUACGAGGAGUACUGCGACACAGCUCAAAUCCUUUUCCAAUUGGUUGCACCUGAUCUGGUCACCCUGGUCGUACAGUACGGGUUCACUUCAGGUCCCACUUACGGCCACAAGCCGUGUCUCGCCAUCGUCGACCGUUCGUUUCCCCGCCUACAAGAGGCCGCGUUUGUAGUCGAUGACCCUCGUAUGCUCCUCUCCCAUGUCAAUGGCGCGGCGGACACGCCAAUUUUCCCUAUGCUGACACACCUGCAUGUCGCGCCCGGAUACACGGCCGCGUGCGGAAUUUGCCUCUCGUUCUGGACAACACAUGCACCCGGCGUCACACAUCUGGGCGUAUCCCGUGCGGAGGACUUUCUCGACGACAUCGCUGGCGCGGUGGGACUGCGGAUGCCGCAGGAAGAGCCUUCGGGCUCUUACAGUCUACAUAUCACCUCCUCCGAUGAUUCCCUGGCGUACUCCAUCAUUACUCCGCUACCGUCAUCGUCGCCGGCGCCGCUGGAGCCCCCGUUGACGCCGAUGUAUCCGAGCGUGCGCCAUUUGGUAUUGCAGUCCAGUCCACUGAGGACAAAAGCCGGGUGCCGGUACGGUGGGAGCGAGCGGUCGAGCUUCGCGCGCGACAGGGAGAGUGAACGGAGUGAACGGGUGGCGCGGAUGUGUGGCAGCUGCGAGGCGAAUGGCUUCGAGGCCUUCCGGGCGAAAGCACCCGUGGACGGAGAUUUCGUACACUACUACGAGCAGGCUCGCCACGUCGUCGCCCCCAAGGCCCACCGGCCUUUCAGAAGCAGGGACAUAACCAAGUACCUGCCUUACGGGAAGGUCAUCGAGCUGGAUGUCGACCACUGGGUGCAGUUCGAGGCGACGGAGCAAUGGAACACAGAACUGGGGAACUAG